AUGGCCAGAGUCCUGCAGGGCUCCCUGACGGCUCUCCUCCUGCUGCCUGUGGCUAUUGCUAUGCACUCUGACUGCAUCUUCAAGAAGGAGCAAGCCAUGUGCCUGGAGAAGAUCCAGAGGGCCAAUGAUAUGAUGGGCCUAAACGAGUCUUCCCCAGGUUGUCCUGGCAUGUGGGACAAUAUCACAUGUUGGAAGCCUGCUCAAAUAGGUGAGAUGGUCCUUGUGAGCUGCCCUGAGGUCUUCAGGAUCUUCAACCCGGACCAAGUUUGGAUGACAGAAACCAUAGGGGAUUCUGGCUUUGCCGAUAGUAAUUCCUUGGAAAUCACAGACAUGGGGGUCGUGGGCCGGAACUGCACGGAGGACGGCUGGUCAGAGCCCUUCCCCCAUUACUUCGAUGCUUGCGGAUUUGAUGACUAUGAGCCCGAGUCUGGGGAUCAGGAUUAUUACUACCUGUCGGUGAAGGCCCUCUACACAGUUGGCUACAGCACUUCCCUCGUCACCCUCACCACUGCCAUGGUCAUCUUGUGCCGCUUCCGGAAGCUGCACUGCACCCGAAACUUCAUCCACAUGAACCUGUUUGUGUCCUUCAUGCUGAGGGCCAUCUCCGUCUUCAUCAAAGACUGGAUUUUGUAUGCCGAGCAGGACAGCAGUCACUGCUUCAUCUCCACUGUGGAAUGCAAAGCUGUGAUGGUUUUCUUCCACUACUGCGUGGUGUCCAACUACUUCUGGCUGUUCAUCGAAGGCCUGUACCUCUUCACACUGCUGGUGGAGACCUUCUUCCCUGAGAGGAGAUACUUCUACUGGUACACCAUCAUUGGCUGGGGGACCCCUACUGUGUGUGUGACCGUGUGGGCUGUGCUGAGGCUCUACUUCGAUGACGCUGGCUGCUGGGACAUGAAUGACAGCACAGCUCUGUGGUGGGUGAUCAAAGGCCCUGUGGUUGGCUCUAUAAUGGUUAACUUUGUGCUUUUCAUCGGCAUCAUCAUCAUCCUUGUACAGAAGCUGCAGUCCCCAGACAUGGGAGGCAACGAGUCCAGCAUCUACUUCAGCUGCGUGCAGAAAUGCUACUGCAAGCCACAGCGGGCUCAGCAGCACUCUUGCAAGAUGUCAGAACUAUCCACCAUUACUCUACGGCUGGCUCGCUCCACCCUGCUGCUCAUCCCACUGUUUGGAAUCCACUAUACGGUAUUCGCCUUCUCUCCAGAGAAUGUCAGCAAGAGGGAAAGACUUGUGUUUGAGCUUGGACUGGGCUCCUUCCAGGGCUUUGUGGUGGCUGUGCUUUACUGCUUCCUGAAUGGGGAGGUACAGGCAGAGAUUAAGAGGAAAUGGCGGAGCUGGAAGGUGAACCGUUACUUCACUAUGGACUUCAAGCACCGGCACCCAUCCCUGGCCAGCAGCGGAGUGAAUGGAGGGACCCAGCUGUCCAUUCUGAGCAAGAGCAGCUCCCAGCUCCGCAUGUCCAGCCUACCAGCUGACAACUUGGCCACCUGAGCCCUGUCUCCCUUCUCUUGCACAGGCUGGGGCUGCAGGCCAGUGCCUGCGUGUGUUUGUACCUCUCCUCUCUCCUUGGGCAGGCCCUGGGUAGGAAGCUGGGCUCCUCCCCAAGGGGGAAGAGAGUGAUAGGGUGUAGGCUGAUAUUGCUCCUCCUUUUUGGGUCCUACCUACUGUGGUCCAUUGAGCCCAAUUUGACAUGUAAAUACACCUCAAAUUUGGAAAGUUGCCCCAUCUCUCUCCCCCAAUCCAUGCCCUUGCUCACCUCUGCCAGGUUCCAGCUUGACCUAUUGUGUCAAGGCCAGCCUCAGUGAUGGUCUGAUCCCAGGUACAAGGCUUUGUGAGCUGAGGCUGAAAAAAUGCCUGCUUUGGAGAGGCUGGGGUAGUGCCCACCCGAGAAGCCUUUCACUAAAUUGACUUUGGAUGUGGGCUCUUCUCAGCCUGUACCAA